AUGAUUUACGAGCGUUUAGUUUCAAGUCCGUUUGCCGAUGCGCACAGGUGUUCGCCUUACCUGUUUACGCGAUAUAAAUGUUCAGAGAAGAUGCGGUUUUUUUGGGAAUGUGAUCAGUGGCCGGGGGCAAUAGUGGACCCCGAGAUCACGUCGAUGUCAUGGCUGGAGACGACAAGCGGUUCGGAAGGAUUUUUGGCUUGCGGUUCGCAGUCAGGCGCACUCGGUAUCACCUUGGCCCGUAUAAACGAUGCCGAAAGCGCUGGCCAUGCGGCUUCGCGAUCCGCUACCGUCGCUUGCUCUGGGCCGAUCAGUCGCUGUAACUACAACCUCCUCGGUCACCGCAGCGCCGUAUGGUUCGUGCGAUGGAACCAGAAGUUCUGCAAAAUGGCCAGUUGCGACUCGUCUGGCAUGAUCUGUGUGUGGAUGCGCUACGAAGACCGCUGGUCGGUCGAAUUGGUCAACGAUCGCGGAGUGCAGAUUCGCGAUUUUUGUUGGAGCGGUGACGGUUCUCGCGCAUUCGUCUCUUAUGUAGAUAACUUCAUUUUGGUUGGUUCUGCUGCUGGUCAUCGACAUUGGUCUUCGGUCAUCACGAAUCACAACGUGUGCUGUUGCGCAUGGAUGCCAUUCGUCGAAGGUACACCAGUAGCUGAACAGCGCGCCGUCAUCGGCUGCAGCGACGGCGUGCUAAUCGUGCUCGACGGCACUGGCGUCAUCCUCUGUACCAGAGAGAUCCGCAAAAACUGUUAUAUCAAGCGGAUUGAGGUGUCCUCAAUUCGUGAUCAAGGCGUCGGCCGGUACACUGUGAGCUUGUUGUUUGCGGACGGCUGCAUUUAUUUAAUGAAUGGCUGUGAUGAUUGUGAUCCCGUUAUGCUUAAUCCGAAGAUAGAAGUUUCCCAGCUUCAGUGGUCGUCGAACGGUGUUUACCUUGCUGUUGCUGGUUCCAGUAAUGUCGGGGGCAGCAGCGGCUUAUACAUUGUAAUAUAUAACUAUAAGGGCAAUCAGAUAUAUUCCAGUCGCAUUCCGGAACGAGUUAAGGUGAAAGUUACCGCGUUCACUUGGGCACUGAACGACUCGUACAUUUUUGUCGCUGCUGGAGGCAACGUGCAUACGGCUCGCAUCGUUUGGCAUAUACCAUCCUUGCAGUUGACCGUCUCCUACCUCGUUUGGCUGGCCGUUGGCAAAUGCAACGAACGCGUUAAAUGUCUGCCGAUUCCGCUGAAUGGCCGCAGUCUCGUGCAUAGUCUGAAUACCCAUGUGCUGCAAGGCCAGGUGCCCGAAACGAAUUCCAUCUAUCAAACCGUGUGCACAGAGGUGGCCUUCCGUUACUACUGCACAAUUCGACCGCUGUCAAAAGGUCAACAGGGCUGGGAACUGUGUUAUGAACAUGUCGGUGGCUUGAUUCCCGUGCUCCGUGCGCAUCUUAUCAAUCGAUGGAGGCCCCAGUUCGAAAUUUUUGUUCUUGACUUUUCUUCGAGUUCGCGUGCGCUUACAACGCCGAAGCAGGAAGUUCUACAGCGGGACUCGUUUUGGAGGCGCAGCAGGCGUCAGUUACGGUCGUUGAUCACGCACAAUGGUUCGUCGACUUGCAAGCAGAUACGGAAGUUGGCUGUCGUGUCGUCGAACGUCUGGUGCACACGCUUUGAGAUCGUUGCCCAGGACAGCGCGUGCUUACCGUCGUUUAUCGGCGAUGUCGAGUACAAGACGAGCGUGCUGCAUCUGCAACCGCGUCAGAUGGUCAUUCACCUGGUGCACUUGAAAAACUGUUGGCUCCAGAAUGGCGUUCUCUCGUCCUCGGACUUCGCCUCGACGCGAUCAGCUAAAGACGCGGUGCGCAAAGAUUGCUUCAGUGCAUUAAGCAAUACAUUUGCUAGCGAUAUGGAGGCGAAUGCUUGUUCACGGUUCACCACCAAAUGGUCAUCCUCUUACAAUGUCACUGGCGGCAGCAGAGGAGUAGGCAGUGUUCACCGUGCUAGACGUAACCAACUGCAACUCAGGGGCGCGAAGGAAGGUCAGCGUAACUGCGAAUCAUGUGAUUCGUUUAUGAUGGCCUCGUCAACGGCAUUAUCAGCACCAUCUGAUUUGCUGUAUCGUGAGAAGAGUCAGUCACGACAUACAGCCAUUUGUCGCUGGUGGAACGAAACCGUUUCCAGUUUUGACUAUAUUGACCGGGACGAACAGGUUGUCGAGGCCGAGCCAAUUUUGGCUAGCCAAACUUCCAAAAGCUUUCCACGAGUACAGAUAACAUUGGACGGAAGUCUCUGUCGACUUUCGAAGAUUCUCCUCGAUCAAAAUCUAGCAGGUACAUCCACUGACGCCACUCCUAGCGUGCCCAGCGUUUACUUUAACUGCGCGUCACAUGAAAAGGAUACCGCUCUUAUGAAUGCCGCCUCCUCUGAGUCGAACUUCUUGAAUGCUGCUAUAGCGCAAGUAGACGAAGUGUCCAGUCGACUGCUGCAGCUUGAAAAUGAACUGAAAUAUGGUAGCACUGUACCGGAUAAUGUUAAAUGUGAUCUGCUCUGCAGGAUCAGCCGAGUCCGCUCCCUGUUAAAUUUUCCUGCCUCCAGUCGUGACCAAUCACUGUUCGGUGGAGUCCAUUUCAAGGCUCGCUCCGCUAACGUCUCGCCGUCUGUCAAGUCAUCGUUGCCGGUGAUCACCUUACGCAACAAAACGCCUGCGUGGAACGACGCCGCUCAGGUUUACCAGCUAGAUUUCAACGGCCGCGUUACACAAGAGUCAGCCAAGAAUUUCCAGAUCGAAUACAACAACAAGCAAAUUUUACAAUUCGGUCGCAUCGACGAUGGCAGGUAUUCUUUGGAUUUUGAGGCACCGUUUUCCGUAGUGCAAGCUUUUGCGAUUGCUCUUGCGAGUAUUACUCAGCGACUGAAGUGA